AAACAAUCAAAAGUAAAUACAACCGAAAAAAAGGAUGAAGUGUUUCGUAGUUUUGGCAGCUUUGGCUGCAUGCGCUUAUGCUGCGCCAAGCGGUUUCAUCACCAACGGCGAAGACGCCAAAUUGGGGCAAUUCCCACACCAGAUCUCCCUGCAAUGGGGCAUCAUGGGUCUCUUCCAGCACAUGUGCGGUGGUUCGAUCAUCGCCCCCGAAUGGAUCCUGACCGCCGGUCACUGCAUCACCGAACUGCCGAUCGCCGGAGACAUGAAGAUCAGAGCAGGAAUCUUACAGCUCACCGACAGCGAACACAUGCAGGAAAUCGAGGUCGUCGAGAGGAUCGUCCAUCCCGACUACCAAGGCGGUGUCAACCCCAACGAUAUUGCUUUGCUCAAGUUGGCCAAGCCAUUGGAGUUCAAUGAUUACGUGCAGCCGAUCGGUCUGCCUAAAGAGGGCGUCAUCCCUGAGGGAGAGAGCACACUUUCCGGCUGGGGAUCCACUUCCACCGGUCAAAUCCCAAGCAUGCCCAACACUUUGCAGACCAUCAACCUUCCAGUCCUUCCACAUCAAGAAUGCGCUGAUGCUUUGACCGCCAUCAUGGGUUCCCCUGAACCAUUGACCACCAGCAACGUCUGCACCGGUCCCUUGACCGGAGGAAAGUCCGCCUGCAGCGGAGACUCCGGCGGUCCACUCGUCCAGGACAAGACCAUCAUCGGCAUCGUCUCCUGGGGAAUCAUGCCUUGCGGAUCUGAAGGCGCUCCAUCCGUCUACACCCAAGUCAGCAGCUUCAACGAUUUCAUCCACAGACACGUCAGAAAUUUGUAAAUCAAUGAUAACUUUCCAAUAAAAAAAAAACAACCGUAAUUUCUUUCCAAUCGUGA